AUGAGCGGUCAAGCAUUGCUCGCAGAAGGUCGCCCACUAGAGAACAUGAUAGUCAUCUCUCCGCUAGCAGCGUCGGAAACACGAGCAGGUGUCGAGGUGCUUGGAGACUCGGGUCGACUUUCUCAAGGGGUAGCACAUUCAGUCGUUCGAUAUUUCUGGUUCACGCUUCCCUUUGCACUGGGGGCGCUGCUCUGGGACGUCGCUUCCACAUCCACGGAGCUCGUCAGCGGACUACUAUGGUUGCCCAAUAACGAGGAGGAGGGCAUCGGGAAACGAUUGAGUAGGAGCACGGUCAAGUGGGCUAGAGCGGGAAGAGCGUUCGCAUUGGCAGGUCACGCUUUUGCUGUCAUGGCCUUGUCGGUACUCUACGCUUUGGCAGACGGCGAUGCUCAAUUACGCUGCGACGUUUGGCCAAAGAUUGUCAUCAUGCUCGCAAGCCUGGUGAGUUGCAAAAGAAAUCUUGGCCAGGUGCGGCAAGACGCUCACCGAUGCUCGUUGCGCACUACAGAGCCUUUGCAGCGCUACAGCUUGCUUUGCUUCUCGGUGAGUGGACCUCCUCUUGGCGAUGAGAUUGCUCGUGCUCAUGCUCGUGCGCAUUCGUCGUCAAAACGGGCAGAGCCAUGACAGCCCCAUCUUUGGCGGUUCCAAGGAUCACCAUGACAGUGCUAGUCGUUGCUUGGAUUGUACAGCUAGCCGUCAGCAUGUCUGCCCUCUCAGCUUGGGCUGGCCUAUCGCAGCUUGGCGGCCAGCAGCCUGGCGCCUGCAGCCUUGUCGUUCAGCGCUGGAGUGGCCUCUUGUAG